UCUCUCUCUCUCUCUCUGGGUGUCAGCGACUCUCUACAGUCAGUUCGUCUCUUUGUCAGAGAUGGAGAACGGAGCUGAGGACACGGAGUCUCUGUGGGAGUCGGUGGAGAAUAACCGCUACAUCCUGAGCCGCUACAUCUCGCCUGGGAAACUGACCCCCUACCUGCGCCAAUGUAAGGUUCUGGACGAACAGGACGAAGACGAGGUCUUGAACUCUCUACUGCUGGUCUCUAAGGUCAAUCGCACAGGGCGUCUGCUAGAUAUUCUUCAUGGUAAAGGAGAACGAGGUUAUGUGGUUUUCCUGGAGAGUAUUGAGUUCUAUUAUCCGGACCUUUACAAGCUGGUGACUGGCAAAGAACCUACCAGACGCUUCUCCACUAUCGUUGUGGAGGAGGGUCAUGAAGGGUUGACCCAGUUCCUGAUGAAUGAAGUCAUCAAGCUGCAGCAGCAGGCCAAAGCUAAAGACGUCCAGAGAGUUGAUCUCAUUGGGAAACAGCGCACCCUGGAGGAUGAACAGAGGAAACUACGGCUGACCAACCAGGAACUAUCAGCCUUCCAACAGAGAUACAACAAGAUGAAGGAAGAGAGGAACAACUAUAACGACGAGCUGCUGAGGGUGAAGGAUGAGAACUAUAAACUGGCCAUGAGGUACGCAACGCUCAGCGAGGAGAAGAACAUGGCUGUGAUGAGGAGCAGGGACCUGCAGCUGGAGAUUGACCAGCUGAAACACAGACUAAACAAGCUAGAGGAGGAGUGUAAGAUGGAGAGAAGACAGAGUCUGAAACUGAAGAACGACAUCGAGAACCGACCCAGAAAAGAACAGAUCUUCGAACUGGAGAGAGAGAACGAGGUUCUGAAGAUCAAACUGCAGGAGCUGCAAUCUCUCAUACAGCCAGGGCCUCUGCCUGCGUCUGACAAGGCGAUCCUGGACAUUCUGGAACACGACCGUCAGGAGGCGUUAGAAGACAGACAAGACCUGGUCAACAGACUGUACAACCUGCAUGAAGAGAUACGGCAGGCUGAGGAGCUACGAGACAAGUACCUUGAGGAGAAGGAGGACCUGGAACUGAGGAGCUCUACACUACAGAAGGACUGUGAGAUGUACAGGAACAGGAUGAACACAAUCACCAUACAGCUGGAGGAGGUGGAGAAGGAGAGGGACCAAGGCGUUCGGGCCAGAGAUGAAGCCCAGCACCAAUUCUCUCAGGGUCUGGUUGAUAAAGACAAAUACAGGAAACAGAUCAGAGAGUUGGAGGAGAGGAGUGACGAGCUGCAUACAGAGAUUGUUCAUAAAGAGGCUAAGAUCGUCACGUUGGAGUCCAGACUGAGACGCCUGUCGAAAGAUACUGCUCUGGACCAGAGUUUGCCCAGAGACGUCCCCUCUACCCUCGUCUCUCAGGUGAUGGGGGAGGAGCCUAAAUCUAUUGGCCAAUCAGAGGGCUCCAGUGACGAGUCGCCAGAGGAGAAGUUCUUCCUUCCGGAACCUCGACUCAAGAGACGACCCAACCUGAAAGCAGUGAUUACCAGAGGGAAGUCUCCAGUCUCCAACCCCAGAACUCUGGACCUGCCAAUCAGCACAGAGGACCGUUCAGGUGGGGGUGGAUCAUCUCCUGAUGUGAUGAUGUCAGAGAAUCAGCUGACCAGCACAUGCCCCCCUUCCCUUCCCCUCCCCUUCCCCUCCCCCUUCCCCAUCCGCCCCAAUACAGAGCUGCCCAGCAAGACUACUAUGCUGCGCUACCGUAACGACAGCAUCAUGUCCACCAAUCCCGAGCCGCCAGGAAACGCAUCACUGGUCCGCCGGACGCGAGAGGGAGAGACUGAAUUCCAGCCCCGCGGCCUCUGUGACUUUGAAUAUGAGAGUUUUGACAACAUGGAUUAUGAAGAGGAAAUGGAUACCCGUGGUCCUCCUUCGCUCCACUCCUCCUCUUCCUCCCAUCAGUCAGAAUGUUUAGACUCCUACGACCUGGAGACAGUCAACAACAUUUUCAGGAAACUGUCCUUGGAGAGGGUCAGCUCUUCUCUGCGGCCGGUCCAGGAGCUUUCGUUGCUAGGCGACCAACUGUUGGCUGAUGUCACGCUGGUUGGCGGGGCUACGGGAGGCCACCACCUCCUUUUGCUGGAGGGCUGUAUCCGCGGGGAGAACCAGAGCGUCUCAUUGGACACCUGCACCCAGGAGGAAGCCCACUGGACGAUGCAACGUUGCUCUGGCCCAAUCCAACUGCACUACCGCGCCAACUUCGAUGGGUACCGGCGGCUGCAGAGUGAUCUAUCGGAGGGAACAGUGACGUCAGGAGACUCAUUCUACAUCAGAAUCAACUUCAACAUCUCUGGCCAAUCAGACACCUGCUCCCUGAGUCUGCUCUGUGACGAGGUGGUCCAUGUCCUGGACACGAUGCACCAGGGGAAGUGGGAGUGGCUUUGCUCCCGGGUCGAACCCUACUCUGGAACCGACCAAUCGGAAAAAGGCACCAUCCCCUCUUACUCACGGGCCCAGCAGCUGCUCCUGGUAAAGAUGCAGAAGCUGGUGUGUCGAGGAGGAAGAGAGGAGAAUGACAGCCUGCGCAACCUCAAGAACAGUUUACAGCCUGAAGAGUCCAGCCUGUCCACAGACCCCAAAUCCAGCCCUCGCAUGUCCAGAGCUAGCAUCUUCAUCACACAGAUACUACAGUUUGUCAGCAGGGUGGAUAAUAAGUAUAAACGUCUGAACAGCAGUGAGCGCGUUCGCAUCGUGAGCUCAGGAAACCCAUCGCUGCCCAGACCAGGCUUCGAAACCCUCAGACAGGAAGACUGUGCAGACCCAUACAGCGAUGUGAGUAGGAGUGUGAACCUGGUUCCGUACAGCCUAGUCAACCCCCAGCGGGUCCAGAGGAGAAGGCCGGUUCUGAUCAGUCCAAACAGCCUGGCCCGGACCAUUAUACAGAAGAUACUCAACAUGGGCGGCGCCAUGGACUUCAACAUCUGCAAACCAGAUGUCCUAACUAAAGAAGAGUUCUUAAUGAGACAGAGGAUUGAACCCAUCAUCUCCUCCAGAGAGAAAAACGCCAACACCUACGAGGUUGUCUCUCCGGAGAACAUCGAGGCUGUAGCUGCGAAGGGUAAACACUGCUUGAUGGAGGCUGACGUGAGCUGUGUUAAAGACCUGCUGAGGAGAGAGAUCUACCCAAUCAUCAUCCACAUCAAGAUCUGUGACAAGAACAUCAGGAAGCUAAGGAAGCUGCCCCUGCGUGUGGACAGUGAGGAAGAGUUUGUCAGAGUGUGUCGCAGCAGAGAGAGAGAGCUGGAGAGCGUCCCAUGCCUCUAUGCGUGUCUGGAGCCUGAGGAAUGGGCUGGGCCUGAUGACCUCAUCAGAGUGGUGAAAGACAGAAUCCAGGAGGAACAGAGGAAGACUGUCUGGGUGGAGCAAGACCUGCUGUAACACACACACACACACACACACACACACACACACACACACACACACACACACACACACACACACACACACACACACACACACACCUCACACACACACACACACACACACACACACACACACAC